GCGCCGUAGCGCGGGAGGGAGGCGGCGGCGCUGUGGUCCAUCGGUCCGCCGGUCCGUUGGUCUGCCCGGCCGCCCGGCCCCGCCCUGCCCCCCGGGGCGGCUCGGCUCCAUGGCCCGCGGCGGCGGCGGCGGCGGGAGGCGGCCCCGGGGCCGCGGGGGCCGCUGACCGGGCGGCGGGAGGCGGCGGGGCCGGGCCAUGGGGGACGGAGCCGUCCGCAGCCGCCGGAUCCCGGAACCCAGCCCAAGCCGGAGCGGCGCCCCCUGCUGAGCCCCGAUUGCCGGGCCGGCAGCCGGAUGCCCGGGCCCACUGGAUGGGCCGGCGGCCGCCUGCGUGAUGAGCAGGCUGCUGGGGGUGACGCUGGAGCGCGUCUGCAAGGCCGUGCUCCUUCUCUGCCUGCUGCACUUCCUCGUGGCCGUCAUCCUCUACUUUGACGUCUACGCCCAGCACUUGGCCUUCUUCAGCCGCUUCAGUGCGCGCGGCCCCGCCCGGGCGCUCCACCCGACGGCCAGCAGCAGCACCAACUAUUCUCGGCCCAACGCCACUGCCCCCAGCUCCGGGCUCCCCGAGGCUCCCAGCGGCCGGCCUGGCCCCACGGCUCCUGUUCUGCCGCCCUGCCCUGACUCACCUCCUGGUCUGGUGGGCCGACUGCUGAUCGAGUUCACCUCGCCCAUGCCCCUGGAGCGGGUGCAGAGGGAGAACCCAAGCGUGCUCCUGGGCGGUCGCUACACCCCGCCCGACUGCACGCCAGCCCAGACGGUGGCCGUCAUCAUCCCCUUUCGACACCGGGAGCACCACCUGCGCUACUGGCUCCACUACCUGCACCCCAUCCUCAGACGGCAGCGGCUCCGCUACGGCAUCUACGUCAUCAACCAGCACGGGGAGGACACCUUCAACCGGGCCAAGCUGCUCAACGUGGGUUUCCUAGAGGCGCUGAAGGAGGACGCCACCUACAACUGCUUCAUCUUCAGUGACGUGGACCUGGUCCCCAUGGAUGACCGCAACCUGUACCGCUGUGGCGACCAGCCCCGCCACUUCGCCAUUGCCAUGGACAAGUUCGGCUUCCGGCUGCCCUAUACCGGCUACUUUGGAGGUGUGUCGGGCCUGAGUAAAGCCCAGUUCCUGAGGAUUAACGGCUUCCCCAACGAAUACUGGGGCUGGGGUGGCGAGGAUGACGACAUUUUCAACCGGAUCUCCCUGACUGGGAUGAAGAUCUCGCGCCCAGACAUCCGCAUAGGCCGCUACCGCAUGAUCAAGCACGACCGGGACAAGCAUAACGAGCCCAACCCGCAGAGGUUUACCAAGAUUCAAAACACGAAGCUGACCAUGAAGCGGGACGGCAUCAGGUCAGUGAGGUACCAGGUCUUGGAGGUGUCUCGGCAGCCGCUCUUCACCAAUAUCACAGUGGACAUUGGGCGGCCCCCCUCAUGGCCCCCUCGGGGCUGACACCAGUGGACAAAGGCUCCCAGUGCCAAGGAUUGCCUGCCAGAGGACUGACCUACAGCCUGGCUGGCGGCUGCUCUGUGGCGGAUCCCCCAGGACUGAGACUGCGGGCUCUGUUUUCUGAGGGUCUUCAAUAGGCCCCCCCAGCUACACCUGGAAAUUUCAGGACCUACUCUGGGGGGCUUCCAUCCUGGGCAGGCCCCUCAAGUGUGGCCCUCCCUGGGGUCACCCCUUCUUCCUGCUCCUCCUUCCCCAGGCCAGCCCCCUUCACUGUCAGGGCUGGGCCAGCCCCUGCACUGCCUCACCGAGUGGCCUGGGCCAGGUCACUCCACCUCUCUGUGCCUCAGUUUCCCCCCUCCUUGAGUCCCCUAGGGCCUGGAAGAGCGGGAGGUAUGACUAGGGGGCAGUGUCGCUUCCAGGGGGACUUCUCAGACCUGGGGAUCCCCCAUGCUUCCAGGGGAGGGGAAACCUUUUACAUUCAACAUUGUGGGGGGCAAACGCUGGUGCGCCCCCUGCUGAGGAGCAGCCCCGGGAGGGGACCAGAGAGGGUGCUGUGUGGCUGCCUGGGACCUUGGGGAUGGGCUUUGCAUGGGGGGUGGGUGGGGCUUGGAUCAGGUGGGUUCCUGCCCCCCGCCCCUCAGAAAGAAGGCAGUAGCCCCAGGGCCGGCUCGUGUUUGUACAUUGCACAGAAACUUGUGUGGGUGCUUUAGUAAAAAAACGUGAAUGGAGC